AACGAUAUUCAGCAACAAGAAGAGCCACUGUACGUAAAUGCAAAACAAUACCAUCGUAUAUUAAAACGCAGAGCAGCCAGAGCGAAAUUGGAGGAGCUGAAUAAAUUAUCAAAAACAAGAAAGCCUUAUUUACAUGAAAGCAGACAUAAGCACGCCAUGCGUCGUCCUAGAGGGCCCGGUGGAAGAUUUUUGAGU